UUUGGGACAUGCUUUGAUACAGGCAACCAAGGGCGCAUUCUUCACCAUUGCCGCGAUCGCAUUCCAUCAUCCUUCUUCACAAACGGACGGCUGCAGGUGUCGCUGUUUGUAUGCGCCUAACCCCCCGCCGUUUGGGACCCCCUCUCGUCUUGUAGCUGCAGCCGAGCAGCCUCUCCUGCCAACCUUUUCCUGUACAACUCUACACAGCUGAGCGGUCGUGCUGCGAACAACUUCACCAUCAUGAGUGUCCCUUUAACUACAGAAGAGCUCCAGCGCUACACCGCUAUCAUUGAUGACAUCCUCGAGACGUCCGACCUUGAGACCAUCUCACGAAAGAAUAUCCGGCAGGGGUUGGAGAACGCUCUUGGCGGCCAGGAUCUGAGCGACCAGAAGAACGCCAUCAAACGACUUAUCGAAGCUCGGUUCGACGCCGUAUCUGGAGCCAACAACGGGAUCGAACCUCCCUCCACUGUCGACUAUGCGGCCAACGGUACAUCCGAUGUAGGCGAGACCGAACAAUCCGCCACCCCUGAACCUUCGCGAAAGAAGGUUAAACGAUCGUCCUCAGCUGAAGAUGCGGACGCCAAGCUCGCCGCGCAAUUACAAGCACAGGAAAACAGUUUGGCCAGAGGGCGCAAGACUCGAGGAGGCGAUAAAGCAAAGCCGGCCAAGAAGAAGGCGGCACCACGCAAGAAAAGUGCGAAGAAGGUCAAGGCCGACGAUGAUAGCGACCUCGAACCAGCCGACGGUGAGGUUGGCAAGAAGAGGAAGGCUGGUGGUGGUUUCCAGAAACCUUUCAACUUGAGCGAAACCCUCUCUGAACUUGUUGGCGAGACGCAGCUGUCACGACCUCAAGUCGUCAAGAAGCUCUGGGAACACAUCAAAGCAAAUGACCUUCAAGACCCGAACGACAAACGUCAAAUCAUUUGCGACGACAAGAUGCAAGCAGUCUUUAAACAGGCAAGGGUUGACAUGUUUCGGAUGAACAAGGAUAUCGGUAGCCAUCUUUACCCAGUUGGCGAGGAAUAAACAGAAUAGCGACUGCAUCUGCAGAAUGCAGGGGCCCUCUGUGAGGAUUUCGAUGACAGCGUUUGGGCGCGCGGCGGCGUACCGGUAAAGUGUUUCUUGUCUAUCUAUUGACAAUUGGGCUAGGUGCUAUAUAAUGAAUCCCAAAGAUUUCCGAAAGGCUCUAGAUUGUAUCUUUUGUACCGCUGGGGCGGUGAAUCAGGA